GAACUUGAGUUGGAAAAAACGCUACCCAAACUGUGUGGCAAGGUACUCUGCUUGGCAUUGCACAAGAACCAGCUCGCUGCCGGCAGCAAUGAUGGUGUUCUGCGUGUGUUAAAUUGGAAAACGAGCACCAUACUUCAUUCAUUUAAUUUAGAUUCCUGCGAUAAAUCUAAUAAGCCCAUCAUUUGGUGUCUUAUUUUCGCCAGAGGUCUUCUAUUCUCUGGAGAUAGCACUGGAACCUUAGGAAUAUGGAAUGUCGACGUCGGAGGUCUGCUCUUUAGCUUUUCGAGUCACCGUGCCGACAUACUAGUGCUGUGUAGAUCUCCCGAUGAACAGACAGUGUUUGCUGCUGGUGUUGAUUCUACAAUUCGCGCAUUUAGUGUUUCCCUUACUUCGGGUGGAGAUAUUUGGCAAGCAGCUGGAGAGCUGCGUUGUCUUCAUCGCGAUAUUCACGGGCUCGUCUUUCUACAAGGCUCUGAUGUUGAUGAACUCGGUAAUUUCACCAAUGAUUCGACCGAUGACAAGCUUCUUGCCGUUGGAAAUGAUGCCCGUAUGCAAGUCAUAAGCUUGCAACAGAUUGACAAAGGAGCAGAUGAGCCGGUAAAGCCAGCACAGAAACAAAUCUGGCAAGUUGGUCUCAAAAAGCCCGACAGCCGAGUGACAAGUUUUGCCAUCAUGCCGUUUUGGCCAAGUAGCGCUGGCGCCUUCUCUAGACCUGCUCCUAUUCAUUUUCCGCCACUACAUAAUCACAAAAUGGGUCGUGUUUGUUUACUUCACUAUCCUGAUAGACUUGAGCUCGUCUCCCUUGGUGCCCCAGUUGACACACCUAACACCUUCACCAAGCAAGACACUUUACGAGCGCCCUUGACGAGUGUUCUUAGCCUAAGGUCUGAGCCCCUUCAGUUAGCCGAAAUCAGGCCCUCAAGGGGUCAUGUAUUUAUUGCCUCGGCACUAUCGCCUUGUCUUAAAAUGAUUGCGGUGUCUGACUCACUCAGGACUCGAAUACUCUGCCUAGUUUAUGAGAUACUCAAGUGCAUUUCUCCUAUUCAAUGCCAUGUUUGCUUUUCCCCUUUCUAUCUCGGUAUUAUUUCUUCUUGA